AUGAGACCAUCACGCCAGCUCGCCCUAAUGGGGCUGCUAGUCUUCUCUCUUAUUCCCAGUCAGCUAUGCCAGAUGCACGCAUUAACCCAGGUGAAUAAGAAGAAGAUGGAGGAGAAGACGACUGAAUCCAGAAAGCAGACUGGGUUGCAGGCGGGGACUUGGAAGGUGUGCAUCGGGGUAAAUGAAACCAACUUCUGGCGUAUAGAACCUCUAAUAAACACGAUGCUAAAUGCAAAGUACACCGAACAGUUCCAAGAUGCCAACGUCCUGUUGACCUUCAGACUUGUUGGGAUUAAGAGUCAAAGGCUAGAACAGCAGCUGAGUGGACAAAUCAAAGAAGACAUAAAUAGCAGAGAGAUGGAGUUAACCUCGGGACAGCUUGCCUUGGAUAUUCUGGCUUUGAGAGCAUGUGAAAAUCAGGAUAGAGAGUUUAUACGUGGUGCUCAUCUGGUUAGCAAACUUGGAGUCAAAUUCCAAGCAGAAAUUCAGAACAUGGAGGCGCACGGCGGCAUCCCACUGACUAACUAUUACCAGCUCAGUCUGGCCCUGUUGGCCUUGUGUCUGUUCAACGGGCGCUACUCAAUCACCAGUGUGACUUAUUACUUCACUCCUGAAAAUAAGAACUAUUAUUUUGAGGACCAGUUCUCAGUAGAUACCGGAGCGAUGGCUGUUCUUGCUCUGACGUGUGUGCGGAGGGAUACACAAAAGAAGAUGGACGCGAACACAAAGCGUAAAAUCAGUGGUUACAUAGCAUCACUGGCAAAGAAGAUCCAGGCCGAGGGAAAGCAGGGCCUCCUUGGAAACAUAUUUAGCACGGGAGAGGCUAUGCAGGCUCUGUUUGUCUCAUCGAACUAUUACAAAAAUGAAAGAAAUUGCCGAGAAACUCUGCGCGCAGUAUUUGACAACAUUUCUCAGGGAGUACUUUACCUGCCGAUUGCUGCAGCCCAGAUCUUACCUGCCUUGAUGGGAAAGACCUAUCUGGAUGUCAUCAGCCCUUCUUGUGGCCACAAUCCAGUCAAAUUCAACGUCUCCACAGAAAAGCCUGAUACGGCGACGCCCACAACUGCACCCUUGAACAUCUUAGUCAAAUAUUCUGUGCGAAUCAACAAGACAAGUCACACCGAAGUCACCGUGAGAAAGGGUUCUGUCUUCCUCGAUGUGAUGAAGGCUGCUCAGGAGAAAAAUGAGACUCUAUUUCGCUUCACAGUGGAGGAGACCUCGUGGGGCCCCUUCGUCACCUCUGUUCAGGGCAUAAGCGCCAGUAGUAAAGACAGAACCUACUGGAAACUUCUGAGCAAUGGCCAGCCACUGACCCAAGGAGCUGGGAGUCAUGUUGUCCAAAAUGGAGACAAUUUGGAGGUUCGUUGGAGCAAAUACUAA